CUGUGCCCUUCCAGACCCUGCCUCAGCUGGGCAGGAAGAAGAGGACCCAGCUUGACUGGGGGCGGUGGGUAGGGGGCCUUUGGGUGAGCCAAGCAGCCCCAGAUGCUACCUCCGGGCUCUAUGUAAGGUAAACUGCCAGCCCACACUCCCCUCUUCGGCCAAUCACAGAAAGAACAGGGCAGAAAUCAAGAGAGUAAAGGAGGGGGCUUGGCAUAUCUGGUCAAGGGGCGGGAGGGACACUGCCAGCCUGGGGCCUGGAAGCAACACAGACGAUAAUACCUUUAUACUGGGGCCAGCAGCCCUGAUCCCUAAAAGGCUGGAUAGACUCAACAUCCCAAGGGAUGAACACAUGAGCUCUGGCUCCUGCAGAGAGACAAUAAGGACUGGGAGGGACCAGGACACACUGGGUCCAGCUUCACCGAGCCCAGUCCUGCCAAUGACAAUGAAAUAGCAUGGAAUAAGCCAGAGCCGGCCCAACUAGAAACAGAGGAUUCACCGCAGCCUCAGGGAGAACACUGGAAUCUCCAAGCCGCCCUCUCCCCAUGGACUCCACCCCACUGAGGCCAGCCAGGACGGGGACAGUCCCAUGAAUGACAUCAAGAGCUGUAAAUGAAGGACAUGAGCAGAGCAGCCAGGCGGCACCUGGCACAAUCCAGCCCCACCCAGACGAGGGCCACCCGCCGCCCCUUGAAACCGUCCCGGUCUCCUGGAAGGGCUGCAGGGAGUCCCCCGGAGGCCCGGCAGAGAGCCCUGCUGGGGAGGAGGCCCAAGGUGAGGACAGCCCCACGGCUGCGCAGCUGGACGUGUUGCGCCUGCGAAGCUCUUCCAUGGAGAUCCGUGAGAAGGGCUCAGAGUUCCUGAAGGAGGAGCUGCACAAAGCCCAGAAGGAGCUGCAGCUGAAGGACGAGGAGUGUGAGCGGCUGUCCAAGGUGCGGGAGCAGCUGGAACAGGAGCUGGAGGAGCUGACGGCCAGCCUGUUUGAGGAAGCCCACAGAAUGGUGCGGGAAGCCAACAUGAAGCAGGCAGCGUCAGAAAAGCAGCUGAAGGAGGCGCGGGGCAAGAUCGACAUGCUGCAGGCGGAGGUGACCGCCUUGAAGACCCUGGUCCUCACAUCCACACCAGCCUCUCCCAAUCGCGAGCUGCACCCACAGCUGCUGAGCCCCACCAAGGCUGGACCCCGCAAGGGCCACUUGCGACAUAAGAGCACCAGCAGCGCCCUUUGCCCCGCCAUGUGCCCCACUGCCGGACAUCCCCUCACCCCGGACAAGGAGGGCAAAGAGCCUGGGCUGCCCCCCUUCCUCUCCCUGCUCCUCUGCGUGGUCCCCAGCAAAGCUGUUCAACUCACCUAUGAGCCGGCCUGGCAGCUCCUGCCUGGGGAGCCACCUACGGCCCCCUCCUCUGCUACCUCUCUCUCCUUUUCCCAACAGGUGGACACAACCCUAUUCGCAGAGUUCCAGGCCUGGAGGGAGUCACCCACCCUGGACAAGACCUGCCCCUUCCUUGAGAGGGUGUACCGGGAGGACGUGGGCCCCUGCCUGGACUUCACGAUGCAGGAGCUCUCAGCACUGGUACGGGCCGCCGUGGAGGACAACACGCUCACCAUCGAGCCCGUGGCCUCGCAGACACUGCCUGCAGUGAAGGUGGCUGCAGUCGAGUGUGGCAGCACCAACACCUGUGCCCUGAGCGGACUGGCUCGUGCCUGUCGCCACCGAAUCCGGCUUGGGGACUCUGAGAGCCACUACUACAUCUCGCCGUCCUCCCGGGCCAGGAUCACUGCAGUGUGCAACUUCUUCACUUACAUCCGCUACAUCCAGCAGGGCCUGGUGCGGCAGGAAGUGGAGCCGAUGUUUUGGGAGAUCACGAGGCUGCGGAAGGAGAUGUCACUGGCCAAGCUCGGCUUCUUCCCCCAGGAGGCGUAGGGCAUGGCCCAGGCCUGGAGGGGAGCUCUGAUCCGUAGCCAACACCUGCCCCAAGCACAGACAGACAGGAAGACAGGGUCCCAGAGCCAGCCCUGAGCAAGAAGCUGAGCAGAUGGACAAAUGGCCAGGCCACAGAAGCCUUGCUGAGCUGGUACCAAACCUUCAACCCAGGACAGACGACAGGAGCUCAUGAACUGACCCUUCUCUCUUCACCAGUGGCCCUGCAGCCACUGGGAGACCUUCAGGGAAGCACUGAAGACCAAGGAGCUUGGGCCCGUACUCGGGCUCAGCCCUCGGGAAGGGAAAUGUGUAUCUGCACCCCCUUUGCAGGCCUGGGAGCUGCUGCUCACAGGUGCUUUGUUGCUGCCUCAUCCUCAGAAGGGGACCACUGAGGACCGCGCUGGGUGGCCUGACCUCCAGGGAUCGCCCCCACCUCAGUUCCCGAGCCCUGGGGCACCAGCACCCCCUGGUGGCCAUCCCUCAUCCAUUCCCCGUGGCCUCCCUGUUGGACUGCCUCAAUGCCGCCCCCCUCCCCCCUGCUGUGUCCAGUGUCCGUCGGAAAUGGGGCUGUCAGGGACUCUCACACCAACCUAUACCUGCUUGAGGACCGUCCCCAAACUGUUCUUCAGAUGGAUCAGGCACUGAUCCUUGCACUUGACCCCAUCCCCCACCUGAGCCCAUGCCCCAGGAGGCUCUGCCCCCACCACCGUUGGAAAGAUUAGGAUGGGUUUCCCCCAAAGUAAAACUCAGGGCCUCAGGACACCCAUGUCUAUGUUCAGCUGUGAGUGGCCAUUCAGACAAUGGGGGUUGAGGCUGCCUUGCCCUGCACACAGGACUGGGGUAGGGUGGGCACGCCCCAGGCCCGCUCCUCACCCCGCACAGCCCAUUUAGGACUCAGGUCCAACCUGGACACAUCCCUCACCACAGCUGAUUUCCUUUGAAUGGAAUGUAACACGAUCUCUAUUUAAUAAAGGAAGGCUUUGUUAGUAGA